AUGCCUCUGUGUGCGUGUCCCAUCACUCAUCAGCACAGGCACAGCUCCAGGCUACCACUCCUCUCCUCAGAAGAAGGACCCCCAGGCUGGACGCUGUGUGGAACAAGUCUGCCUGCUAAAGUUUUCAUGAAACAGGAUAACAUCACCUCCUCUUUGUACUCGCCCAUCGCUUCUCUUCUACGGCCUGUCAUUCCAUCACCCCCCUCUCCCUCCUCUCCCGCCGCUCAGUUCAAACCGUCUGCCCGUAGCCCCCGGCCUCCCCCUCACCCUCACCCUCCACGGCCCAGCGGCGAAGACCUAUCCCCGGGCAAGGUCUGGCCCCGCGCGGCUGUCCUGUCCGCGGAGCAGGUUACAGGCUGUGAUCUGUAA